GCUCGCACACACACACGCGCGCGCGCGCACGCACGCACGCACGCACGCACAAUGUACAUACAUUAUUAUAUUCUAAUAUAUUUUAGUUCUUAACAGAAAAUGACGAAAACGUUGACAUAUAAGAAAAUACAUAAAAACUAAAAUUAUUUCACGAUAAAUAAUAUAUGUCUUACAUUACAAUCUGAUAAUAAAUAAUUUUUCUAUUUUGAAUAUUCUUAAUGGUAACUUGCGUCUGCACCUCAUGAAAGAACAAAACUGAAUGACCUAUUGAUAAGUUUAUGCGCGUGCGUAACUUUUAUUUCAAAAUUUUUCAUGAGAAAGAUAUUCCAUGAGAAAGAAACAUCUGAUGUUCUUUCGGCAUUGGAUCGAUGUAAUCGGCAGCAACUAUCAUAUACACGCUAUAGCGUUAAGUUGCGAGUGCUUCAAUUGCACAUGAAAAUAUUUUGUAUUACCUUAUAACUGCAAGAUUAGACUAAAUUGUAGAAAAUAUAUUAAAGCAAUAUUAAAACACUUUAACAUUUUUUAAAAAAGAGAAAAUGUAAAAACUAAAGACAUUUAUAUUUCUUUUAUACUUAAUAGGGGAGGAAUAAGAGUACUUUCGUUUCUUUUAUCUCUUAUAAACGCAUUUAAUGUCAGUAGAAACAUGACCAGUGUCGUAGACAAGUAUUUCAGUCUUAACCGUACUUUUUUGCUGAUAGUUGGUCUAUGGCCUUAUCAACAAUCGAAAUUUGCUCGAUUUUAUUUAUUUUGUUGUUACGUUAUUAUUGUAACUGCUGUUAUAUUUCAGUUUGCAACACUUGUGACAUCCGAAUGUUCUGCAGAUUAUGUCUUAAAAUUUUUUUCUUUGUCAUUUGGUUUUAUUACUUUAGCCAUUACAUACAAUUCGUUUUACGUUAACAGUGACAAAUUAAGAUAUUUAAUGGAACAACUUCAGCUCGUUUAUGAUGACUUAAAAGAUAAUAAUGAAAUUGCCAUCUUUGAAAGAUGUGGAAACAUUUCAAAACGUUAUACGACUGCAUUUAUUAUAGUUCUCGUUUCCAACUUACUUAUUUUGGUCAGCAUCCAAUUAUGGCCAGAUUUUAUUGAUGUUAUUUUAUCAACAAAUGAGUCUCAAUUACGUCGCCUGCAAAUCUUAAGUAGUUACUUUAUUGAUCAAGAAAGAUAUUACUAUAUACAGCAAUUCCACAUAAAUGCAGCUUUAUGCAUAGGAUUCACCGCAUUGGUAUCAACAGGAUCAAUGCACUUUACGUGUGGUCAACAUGCAUGUGGAAUGUUUAAAAUUGCUAGGUAUGAAACUGUAAAUAUUCAAAUAUUUGUGUGUAGUAAUCAAAAAAAUUAAAAUUAAGAAAAUAAAGCGUGUAUUUUUUAUCUAAAAGUUUCAAAAAAAAAAAAUUAUUUUCAAAAAAACACAAAUAGAAAAAUAUAUAAAUUAAUAAAAUUUGUCUGGCAAAUCCGUUUAUUAGAUACAUAAAGUUUCGACCAUUGAUUUUGGUCCUCUUCAGGUGUAAGUGAAAUGUUUAAUUACUUACACCUGAAUAGGACUAAAAUCAAUGGUCGAAACAUUGUGUAUCUAAUAAAUGGAUUUGCCAGACUGCCGAUUUAAGAAAGUUUAUUGACUUACUUUAAUAUUACUGACAAAAAGUACUUUUUAUAUUUAAAAAAAUAUAUAUUUAUACAUGUAUAAUAAAAAUGUGUACAAAUAUACGCGCACGCACGCACGCAUGGUUAUUUUAGCUGUUUUUAAAGCAGAAUUUUUAAU